UGGGAAAACUCCGCGCAAACCUCCAAGUCGCACACACGCUGUGAAAGAGACUCCUACUUCCCAUGUAGAGACAUGCGCCAAAAAUAUACUGUUAUUUGCUAUGAUUGAAGGACAUGAGAUCUGCUAAAGCUGUAGUUACUGAAAACGCCGCCGCUGCCAUGCGCGUCCAAGCCCAUGGCUCUCCAUCACGGACCAUCACCAGCUUAAGGCGGUGGUCCAUCAUCAAUAAAGAACUACCAGCGGUGUCACAAGUUAGGUCUAUUCAUGUAUACGAUUUCGACAACACAUUAUUCUUGAGUCCGCUUCCGAAUCCACAGCUAUGGAAUGGGCCGACGAUUGGGUUUCUGCAGGCCUAUGAGAGCUUUGCGAACGGUGGCUGGUGGCACGAUCCGAAGUUGUUGGCCGCGACUGGGGACGGUAUCGAGAAGGAAGAGGCGCGAGCUUGGGAAGGAUGGUGGAACGAGCAGAUUGUACAACUGGUCAAGCUGAGUAUGGAGCAGAAAGAUGCCAUUACGGUGCUGCUGACGGGCCGCGGUGAGAACAAUUUCUCAGACCUCCUGCGUCAUAUGGUGGAUAGCAAAAAGCUGGAGUUUGAUCUCAUCUGCCUCAAGCCUGAGGUGGGCCCGAGGGGCCAGCGGAUCUCUACUACCAUGGAAUUCAAGCAGACUUUCUUGGAAGAUCUUGUUCUCACUUACGACCAGGCCGAAGAGAUCCGUGUUUACGAAGACCGUCCGAAGCAUGUGAAAGCUUUCCGAGAUUACUUUGAGCAGCUAAACCGCAGACUCCAGGCCGGGCCGACUGGCACGAGAAAGCCCAUAACCUCGGAGGUUAUCCAGGUAGCGGAAGGCUCGAUGUACCUUGCCCCUGUAACGGAAACCGCCGAAGUGCAGCGUAUGAUCAAUUCUCAUAACCUUACUAUUCGCAACCCCUCCGCGAACCGGGCUAAAUCCCCGUACGGCCGACUGCGCAUCAAGCGAACCAUCUUCUACACCGGCUAUCUCAUCUCCAAUUCUGAUUCUAGUCGGCUGAUCCGCCAGAUCUUGAACCCUAUGCUGCCCUUCGGGCUUGCUGAUUCUAAUGAUUUGAAAUACAUGGCCAACAGCAUACUAAUCACUCCUCGUCCAGCUCCUCGCUCCAUUCUUGAGAAGGUUGGUGGCAUUGGUAAGAAACUAAACUGGCAGGUCACCGGGACUGCUUGUUAUGAAAACCGCAUCUGGGCCGCCCGGUUGACGCCCGUGCCGGCUACUGAGAAGUACUACACGGAGAAUCCGCAUCCCGUGGUGGUCCUGGCGGUGCGCAAAGGCGCUCGUCCGAUUGACGCUGGCAAGAUCCAGAAUUGGCACCCGGUCCCGAGUGACAAGGCUCUGACUAUGGAGACGGUCGUGGGAGAAAAGGUGGUCCUCCGCGUGGAAGAAGAAAACCCCAACGAGGGCGAAUGGGAGAGCCAAUUCUUGAAUAAGAAUAACAAGCGACGCCACCAGCAGGAACGGGAUGAGGAGAUCCUGUACCCGGAUCAGACCCAGGACGGGCCGUCCCAUGGCCGACCGCACUACAACCCGCGUUAUGGAGGCAGUAACCGCCAUCAGUAUGAAGACGGGCCUCGGCGGGGGUCAUACCGUGGGCGAGGGCGUGGCUCGGCGCCGCGCGGACGAGGCCAAAACCGAGGCGGGCGUGGUCGAGGGCGUGGCCGGGAUACUGGGCCUCCCGGAGGAUAUCGGUCGCUAGAUGAUUAUGGCGGUGGUUAUGAGGGGAAUCAUUAUGAAGAGAAGCCGGGUGGAAAUAGCGGGGGUGGUGGACCUGUCAUGAACUACUAGGAUGUCUGAUGGUUGAUAGUUGAUAUAUGUUAUCUGGACAGCCGGUCUUUCGGUAGGCGAGCGUCACAUUACUCAGUCUGUUGUUGUUUUCAUCCCGCGUAGGCAAAAGCCCACUAGUACUAGUCAAUCAAUAUCACGUUG